CGGCAUUCAAAUUUUGUGGUGUCCAGGGCAGUUGCGGCAAUGGGCUCGGGAUCAUCGCUGCCGGAAGACCAGCGAGCGUCAGAUGUGUACACGGAGAAGGAGAUCAAGACGCUUGUGAAGCAGCUGAAGAGCAUUGGAUGCAUCAACAACAAUGUCGUGAACGUUGACACCUUUUUCGCCGCGUUUUGCCUCGAUGACAGACCUUUGGUUCGAGACAUGGUCCUAGCAGCGCUGGGAACAGACACACCGCGCGCCUCCUGCCCGCUUCCAACCUUCAUUAACUCCAUGGGCCAAGUCAGCUCAAAGGCAUCGCCGAGCAGCCGACUUGCGCUCCUUGCAUCUGCGCUUGGGGCUACAGAAGGUCAGCCUCCGCCCUGGGAUCGCAUUGAGCAGCACCUUCGGGACACAGCAUUUGCUCGCCUGCCACAGGACAUUGCAGAAAAGGAAUUGGACACGCUUAAACAAGAGUAUGAGGAGUUGAGUGCUGUGCCUGACAAGCUGCCCACGUUUGCCGCCAACAUCGACUUGCACAUGUACACAUUUGAUGCGAUUGCCCUGCGUGAGUUUGGCGGUGUGCAGGGCACACGCUGAAUAACACCAGUGGAGUGCAUCUGGGUUUGGUGUUGUGUUGACAAAGUGCGUAGUGCAUUGGCGUUCCCUAUCUUUAUUCCUAAAUGACCAGCUUUAUUCCGCAACUGUAUGUGCGUGCGUGACUCGCGUUGCGUGAGUCAGUAUGUCUUGCGUGAGUCAGUGUGGGUGGUCCUCAGCGCAAGAGAGGGUGCUCCUGUGGUGGGAUGGCAAGUUGAUGACGCACCACACUCGCCACAGGAUGGGGAUGGCCAGGCAAUGGAGGGAAGGGGCGCCAAGUGAGGCUGUGGAGACCUU